AUUGAACUGCAACUAGUAGUCAAUUCUGUUAAGUUUAAAUGGUCAAACAGUUGCAAGUGACCACGGUAGAUUGAAUCGCGGACCGCCUGGCGCGGAUGAAGUGGAUCACCGGAGCGCGACGAAAAGUAAUUUGUACAAAAAACUGAAUUCAACUCUCAUUGCGAAUGCUGUGUUGUUCGUGAUGUUUUGUCCGACCGCACAAUAUAUCGAUGGUCAUUGUUGCUAGACGUUUUUACGGUACUCUAACUAAACCGCGCCGGUAACGAUCAGAAUUUGCAGUGUACUUUCAGUUUUGCUUUUGGCUCGGGAAAAGUUUUCAAUAUAAACUUUAGAUAGUUUGCGGGUGCGUUAUUGUAAUAAAAACAAAAAAGUGUUGGUUUCGGAAUAUGGGAGUUUUAAAGUGGUUGCGGCGGGAACGAUAUACGGUGACAACGCAGCAAGUUGAUACAGACUCAACGGACACCCAGCCAAACACAACACAAGGCACCAUCCGCACCGAGCAAUAUAAACGGGAUUUAGCAGAGUUCCAAGCUAGAAGGUCACUCGGUAAAGAAGAACCACAGAUAACACCUAUCAGACGGAAAUGUGGACGACAUUCCCUCCCCGCCUCUUGCACAAAUUGCGUCGGAGGAGAUCCAGACACAACGUUUAAUUACGAAAAGAAUUCCCCAGCUAAAUACAAGAAACGCAACGCUAGACGAUCUAGCCUCGACGACAAACUACCUAAUAUACAGUUCCUCUUCCAAAAUCAGGUUUUCAUGCCUGGUAAUAUGUACACAGGUUCGUUCUCGGAGUCGGCGAAAGCCCGCUAUCAAAGGAGACCUCAAAGGUCAGAUAUGGAUUCCAUACAAAGGCAGAUAGAUUUCAAGGAUGAAGAAUUGAAAUCGCCUUUAUUCCUUAAGAAUAACUCUUUGCCGUGUGAUGUUCAGAAGUUUAUCGAAGGUUCGAGAAAAAUCGACGAGAUUGAUGGAAUGUCGUCGAGUCACAAUUCUGUUAGGGAAUUGAAUAAUGAUAAUAGUUAUGAUGACAAGAUGUGGGAGGUGAUGAACGAGUUGAAGAACUUCGAUCAAUGGGCUGACAACCAGCUGCAAGGGCAGUCGGCUAACACUACCAAGUCUGAUGAUUCUAAAAGUGACGUGAGUGCUUACGGCUUAGCUGUGACAAGUUCUACCAACAUGAGCGUUACGUUGGACAAGACUAGAGCAUGGAACACGGGCAAAUGGGGUCUGGUGCCCGUGCAAAUAAAGAAACUGCACGGCGUCACCAUCGACCAUGUGAAGAAGAAACAAAACACCGAAAUUAAUAUACUAAGAAAAUAUCGACACCCGAACAUAAUACUGCUAAUGGGACUGUAUUCGGAUAUUCAUAACAAUGUCAACAUAAUCUGCGAGAGAUGUAUGGACUCGCUGUAUGGGAUACUGCAUGUACAGGGUCGUAUUCUAAGUGCACAGACGUCAGUGCAAUAUGCAUUAGAUAUCGCAAAUGCUCUCCUGUUCCUUCGUAUGCAGGGUUAUGUGCAUUCACGUCUGUCCAGUGCGAGUGUACUUGUGACGUCACAAGGCACAGCCAAACUGGCUGACGUCGCCCCGUGUAUUCGAUUGAGUAACAAAAAGAGGGAAAUCAAAGAGUACGAGUUUACUCCUGAACCGCAUUAUGUUAAUAUACAAGAUACAUCAGGAUCGGCAGCGGAUAGUGAGCCGUUACUACCUCAGAGUGAAUCCGAGGUAUACCUAUCCUCUAACGCGGUGGCGCAGGAAUUGCUAGUUGUAAAAUACAAGGCGUUUAUUCCAGCGACAAUUCCAUGGAAGACAUUGAAGUAUGAGAAAUUAAAGGAGUUGUACCUUAUAUGGAAGACUGGUAUCAGGUUACCGCAGGAUGGCUCCUACCCUGGCGCGCUGCUGGCGCUGCUGCAGGAGGGGCUGCAGCUGCCAAGAGAACAGAGGAUGGAUCUACAAACCCUGCACGCCACGCUGCAAACACUUAAGAGUGACCUUGACGAUAUGGAGUAUAUCAUAAUAGCGACGAAAUUACCUAAAACAAUAUCCAACUUUAGCAACCAGAGUUGGGACACUUCUCCUACUGAUUCCGAUUGUACCAGUGCUAGGAUACACCAACAACCGCAUAAUACAUCAGAGACAGUCUCGCAAACACUAACCAGCCCAUACGAAACAUUGAGACAUGCACAAAUAGAAACAAUCAAACAACCAGAGAGUUUCAUAUCAGACGAAACGGCCACAGACAACUUACAACCAUUCCUCAAAUUCCAACAUCUACCAGAUAAUGACUUCUCAAGUGUUUGUUCAACACCAGUUCAAGCUAAACAACCAAGAGUCAAAGAAUUAGUUACACCCGUGUUACAUAAAAGUGAUUCAACUGAAUAUUGCAGUAUUCUAAGUCCAGAUACAAGAGGUUUUAAUCUAACAUGCAGUGAUACUAAAGAUAAAAGUUCAACCAAAUUAAGCCGCAGUUUUACUCCGCAGUCUUACAAACCUUUGCAUAUUAAAGUACCUGAUUUUAAAUUGGAUUCUCUUAAAGCUAUUGUCAAAGAUAAUGAUUGUAAUGAAAGAUCUUCGUAUAAUUUCGAUAUAAAACACUACAGUUUGCCCGCAACGCCUAUAGCUAGGAGUAACAAAUUGAGGAAGAACGCCUGGCUCUCUGGUGAUUUUAGUGGACAGAAAAGUGCGGAGAAAGUCCGGGAAAAUACUUCAGUCAAAGAAGCAUAUGAAAAAGAGACUCAAACAUCUCCGCUAGGGUUGGGGUCUGGUAACGAAGCGGACGCGGAAAGUUCGUGCUCGAAGCCCGCCAGCCCGCCACGCUCCCCGCCCUUCCCGCACGCCGCCUGCUCGCCUGACUCGGACCACACAACCAGAGACAGCUACACCGGACUUAAACGGGUGGAGCCGCCACUUGAUUUCCUCGCCGAAGAGCCGCGUCCUCGCGCCAGCUCGUGGUCUCUGAGGUCUCCGAAGACCAGCUCGAAGAACAAGGCUGAGGAGCUGGCCAAUGUGAACGUGAAGCCGCUGGUCGCCAUACACGAGCGAUGGAUAUAUGAAGCUAAUAGGAAGACCACGAGAUCUAUGUCACUGCCUGAUGAUAAUAAGAGUGAAGUACGUGCAAUGAAGCCGGCAUCCCACUGCGUAGCGAUGACGUCAUCAGCGAGCGCGCUGCCCCGCCCCGCGCCGCGCCCGCCCCGCGCUCCCCGCACCACUAACAAGAACGGUCAUCCAUGGGAUCAGUUAUGCCACUCGGGCGGGAUGUCGAAGAGUGUCAACUUCGCAUUCGAUACUGACAGUUGUCAUACGUGGAAGAGAGACAGCAGUAGAGGGUCUUCAAGUUCGUUUGACGUUAAAGAACCAAAGGUAGACCAGUCUACCAGCACGCGAAGUAUCGAAGAGUUCAUACGAGAACUGAUCAGAAAAGAAUUCCAGAAUCACGAAGAUUUCGAAGAUUCGACCGCGCGUGAGGAAAUACUUAACAAAGGCGUGUCGAAUGUUCUCGAAGGCUUGAAUGCAGAAACGGAACAAUCUAAGAAGGAAACCGUUAAAUCUUUUUCCAGGGUUAAAAUUAACGGUAACAAUAAACCGUUACUACAAAUAACUUUCAGUAGAUCUGGAGAGAAUAGUCUACAAGUUCUAGAUAAUUGUGUAAAUGUGACAAUAUGUGAUCCUAACCCGGGUAAAGACAAAAUCCAGGAAGAAGAGAUACCUCUCGAAGAUAUACAAGUUAAUUCGUUGAAGAGAUGCCAAGCUUUUAAUGCUAUUCAGGAAGCUCGAAGUACCGAAGACUUGUACAUAGAUGACGAUCUAUCCACACAGAUGCAAGAGAACUUUGGCGGUAAAGUGAAACUGAUCCCUCUGCAUGGCUCUUUACAUGAGAUACUCUGUGAAAAAGAGGACGAUUGCUGUCUUAUAAAAGUGAAGCAAGAAAACGGCUGUGAUACUAUUUACUUCAGAUGUGAUAAUUCCGAUACAGAAUCGAGGGACGCCAUCGAUGGUUUGAGGGAAAAUGGACCACAAGAUACAGUUGUAUUCAAACGAAGCAUAUCAUUAAUAGAGGAACGCAUACAACGUGUUAUACCCAAAGAUAAACGACCAAUAAGGAAACGUAUAGAAAACAAAGCGAGACCUAAAUCAGAUUUCUUUCCCAGAAUAACUAAAGAGAGCCGCGUUUUAAGUAAUAGUAGUCCUUCGUUGAUUAUGAAGGAUAGGAAAAAUGAGGAGGUUGAAGUGAAUAUUGAAAAUGUUAUGAGCUAUCAGGACUCAUCUUCGGACGAAUGUUUGAAAUAUUCGGAGAAUGACGACUUCGAGAUACUCGAAAGGGAGAUAGAAGAAGAUAUUGCUAAUUGUAAUUUGACUUCUUUGAAUAGUAAAUGCUUAGAGAAGAUAUCGGAAGAGAAUUUAUCCCUUAUUAAUGAUUAAAUGACAAGAGAUGACGGAAUAACUAAUAAGUGCUUUCCAGUGAUUAAUUCCAAAUAUUUACACUUUGUGCUACUUAUUUUUAAGACAUUGGCUUAAAUAAGCUAAUAUAAAGGUGCAUUGACCAAAUCAGGCUUGAAGCCUUGUCAAUUUUGGAUUUAAAAUUAUUAUGCGAUCAAAUCAUAAAAUUAAAAUAUAGUUGGCUUAUAAAUAUUUUUAUAUUGAUGUUUAAUUGUUUCUAGCCAUAUUUCUAAUAUGAUUCCGUCCAAACGGCUCUCGCAUUUAGAAAAUCCAAAGAUGUUAAUAUUUUGAUAGAAUUUUGUUUGAAGAUUCGGUAAUAUCUCGAAGAAGGGCUCGUGUGUCAACGUGAAAGCGACUUAUGAGAACUUAAUCUAAGUGAACAAUAACAUAAAGUUAGGGGUCUAUUCAACUGUCUUGACGGUUCAAUGUCAUGGUUAUACUGAAGAGCUAAGAUAUCUGAAUAUUAUUAUAGAAAAAAACAAUACGUCGCAAACGCGUUGACGCCGGGGCUAUGCCGCGUAGAUAUAAGUUGUAAUUAAUUUUUGUGGUUGUCAUUUCAUUCCCUCAUAUUUUAAGUUAAAGAUCAAGGCUAUGUGAUUUUUUAAUUAAGUAAAUUAACGUUCCACUGUUGUGAUGUAGAUGGUAGCUGUUUAAAUAUUUUUACAGUAAUAUUUUCGCACAAUUUUUUUUAAUUUACCCUUUGGUGUUCUUUAUAGUCUUAUUUUUCCUAUAAUUAAAAUCAUUUCGGUUUAGAAAUACCAAAAAAUAAUAUAAUUUUAAAUCAGCACAUAAAAAUAAAUUUAUAAAGAAUUGUUUUUUUUUUUAAUUUUUUUUAGUUUUGCAUGUUCCAAUGUAACUUUUUGAGUAGCGUAACAAAACGUUUGUCAUAUUAUUCUAAUAAAUUCUGGUAAAAAUGGCGUGUUUAUGGAAACAAAGUACGCUGGCACGUCACAAACUUAACAUUCCAAACUGUACCUCUGUUUAUUUGAUUGUAAAAAUAUCUGUUGUUCAUAAAUAAAGGUUCCACAAUUAA